AUCAAAGAUUUUAGAUAUUUCAAUGUAGACUUCAGAAACGACAGGUUUUCGAAGCAGUUACCCCCGGCCGAUGUAAGUGUUGAGACAAUGCUGCAUCCAGCGGAUGUGGUCUUCUCCUUUCUAGCUUUUGUCAGCUUUGUGUUCCAAAUCAUUGGACUAUGUACGACAGAAUGGUGGAAUUUGUCGAACAAGUUUCCCAAUGGAACCGUUGACAGCUCGUCUUUUGGACUUUGGUGGACCCGCACGUGCAGAGAUGACGCAUGUUUUUUGUCGUCGCGAAAUCUUUCUGGCGAACAUGCCUGGUUACUUGGGGUGGCAGCCAUAGAAACAGUUUCGGUGGUGUUGUAUGCUCUGUCACUUCCGGUGGCUGUCUUGCUUAUAUACAGAGCUCUCAGAGAUCUCAAUGUCGACGUUCUCAAAAAAUUAUACGUGGUUAUCUUAAGUGGAGCAGGUGCUGUGAUUAUUGUCGGUAUUUUACUAUUUGUGAAAAAGAAGGCUGGACUGACAGAGCAGUUUGCAUUAGAAACAAAAGACGGAGUACCCAGCUGGUCGCUUGCAUUAUCCGCCUCAGGGGGCACACUUGGAAUUUUAGCGGGAAUUUCUAUGGGAAUCAGUCUCGUUUGCAAAACAAAAGAUUACGAUGAUGAGCAAUAUUCAGGAAAAUCCGUGGAGUAUUGGCAGCAGAAGUACAAGGACGUCAAUUAACUACUUGUUAUCCUUGUUUCAGUGUUGACUGUUUUAUUUAUUUAAAUCAUAGACAUGCAUUAUCAGAAUGUUUAUUUCAAUACAGAAUAAAAGAAAGAAUCUAUAUAACGCUA